UACUGGUGUUAACUCAGUUGCUGUUUAUAUUCAAUGGUCCAAGCAAUACCGUAUUGAACAAAUCAACAUCGAAGAUGAUAGUCGGUCUUUCAGUUGCAGGACUUCUAAUACUGACUUUUGGGACUAUUCUUGUCGUCGUGGGACCGAUAUUUAUCAACAGGCAAAUAGUUACGAAUUUGGAGAUCAGUCCAAAGAAUGAGCUGUUCUACACUUUGUGGAAGGACAUUCCCAUGCCAAUCUUCAUGUCAGUCUAUUUCUUCAAUGUGCUGAACCCCAAUGAAGUACUACAGGGUGAAAAGCCAAUGGUGGAACAGAGAGGGCCAUAUGUCUACAGGGAAUACUGCAAGAAAGAGAACAUCACAUUUCAUGAGAACAAGACAGUGUCAUUCCAAGAAUACCGGCAGUACCACUUCAUGAGGAAUAUGUCCGUGGGUGACGAGUCUGACAUUGUCACCAUUCCCAACAUGCUGGUGCUGGGUGCUGCAGUGAUGUUGGAGGAAAUGCCUCUUGCUGUGCGGGUGUUGGUGAGCUCCAUGUUCAAGAACUUCAACGAAGGGCCAUUUCUGACCAAGACUGUUGGCGAGCUGAUGUGGGGCUAUGACAGCAAACUGGUGGAUUUCUUAAACAUGUACCUCCCAGGCCUUCUUCCCACCAGGGGCAGGUUUGGCCUCCUUGCUGAUUUCAAUAAUUCCUACACAGGGCUGUUCACCGUGUUCACUGGCCAGGAUGACAUCAGAAAAGUUCACCAAGUGGAUUUGUGGAAUGGCAUGAAGGAGGUUAACUACUGGAGAAGCAAACAGUGCAACAUGAUCAAUGGAACUAUUGGUGAAGUAUGGCACCCCUUCCUAACCUCAGAGUCUACCCUGUCCUUCUUCAGUCCAGACGCUUGUAGGUCAAUGGAGCUGGUUUACCAGGGGCAAGGGGAGGUGAAGGGCAUCCCCGUGUUCCGCUUUGUGGCUCCUAAAACUCUCUUUGCCAAUGGCUUAGACUACGCUCCCAAUGAGGGCUUUUGUCCCUGCAGACAGUCAGGAAUUAUGAAUGUCAGUAGCUGCAGAAACGGUGCGCCAGUGUUUAUCUCCCAUCCACACUUCUUCAAUGGAGACCCUGCCUUGUGGGACUCUGUUCUGGGUCUAGACCCCAAUGAGGAAGAGCAUGGGCUGUUUAUUGACAUCCACCCUGAGACAGGUGCGCCUCUGAGGGCAGCUAUCCGGCUGCAAAUCAAUCUAUACAUCAAGAUGGUGGAGGGAAUCACGUAAGCAUGACAACUGUUUUGUACCUUCUUAUGGGUUAAUAAAUGUAAUAAAUGGCUAUACUAACAACAUCAAUCAGGAGUCAAGCAGUGAGAUAGAAUUCCAUGGCGGAUGCAUUUUCAUGUUGCAUUCACAGCACAGUAAUACAACCUUAGUAAAAUGUCACAGGGGUCAUCCUUUGUGAAAUCCCACCUGUUUCUGCUACACCGUUUUUUUACAUAGCAGGUAAUUAAAUGUGAAUUGUGUGAUUAAAUGACUGCUAGGCCCUAAGCAAAUAGAUUAUUUUGGUCACAGGAGAAUUUCACCAUUUCACCAAAUUUCACCAUUUUUGAAUUACCAGUUGUUCUAUUUUAAGCUCACCUUUUUGCAACACUCACUGUACUCCCACAGGAGUGCUGAAGCAUGGUGAAUGCAAACAUCCAAUACACUGGAGCCAGUGGUUGUUUUUCUCACUACAAGUCCCACAGUACACCACAGCAGAGCAAGUGCAGACUGGAGGAUAGAUGCAUCUUCCCUAACAUCAUCCAAGUAACUCACAAGCACCUCAGGUUCUGCUAGAGGGUGUUAAUAAGUGGUGGGAAGAGGAGAUCCUGGCCACAGAACUCACCCUACCCCUGGUAAAAUGAAGUCAGCUGUGUUCUGCCACUGCAGAAUCUUGGGUAUUCUGUUAUGACAGUCGUGCCUUAAACCUGCAAAGUCAUGGGCUGUAGAGCUCAGCCUGCAGACCGGAUGCCUUAACCAAUGUGGAUAACCCUCCACACAAACGUCAUUUUAAACUUUGCACGUUUCUUAAGUGCAAUACCUGAAGAAGACACACACAUAGCCAGCCCUAGACUAGCAGAUUGUAUUUACAAAUAAACCUGUCAUUAAUUUCAGA